CUGUAAAUACCUUUGGUUGUCAGGAAGUGAACUAGUGUGUGUGCCAACUGGAAAAUUAAGGGACAAAACACCUUCAAGCAAAAAUAACCGAAUGAAAUAAUCGUGCCUUUGAGGGUAUAGUAAUUAUAUUUUCAAGAAAACUGGAACGUAUCAGCUUUGGACAUGGAAAAGAAGCAUGGAAGGAGUCAACCAUGGGGGAAGUUAGUAAAAGUGGACACUCAGUCUGAAGUAUUGCUUGUCAACAGGGAAUGCACUGUCGGGCGAAGAAAAGGCUGUGAUCUUUCCUUUCCUGCUAACAAACUGGUCUCGGGGGAUCACUGUAAGAUAGUGCAAGAUAAGAGCUCAGGAUUGGUGUGGCUGGAGGACACAAGCACCAAUGGUACAGUGAUUAACAUGUCUAAGCUGGUGAAGAAGCAGAUUCAUAUGCUGCAGAAUGGAGACGUCAUCUACUUUGUAUACAGGAAAAACGAACCAGAGCAAAACCUUGCCUACAUGUAUCAGUCCAUAAAACCAGAGAGGACAUUCUCACAAGACACAAUUGGUGGUGCCACCAGAUGCUCAGUAAUGCAGCAGAAAGUCCAGACCUGCCCUGUUACAGCAGCAGUAUGUGUGUCUGUGGAGCCAUUCCUUGUUGGACCUCCACGGGAGCAGCAGGCAUUGGAUGAACCCCAGCCCUCCACCUCCUCCCACCUCCUCCACACAGUCUCCUCCUCUACAGCCUGUUCCUCUGCAGCCUCCCUCCUGCACUCCUCUGCCUUAGACACACGACAGACUGAAGCCCAGAACCGAGUCACAAUGUUGUAUAAGGAGGGGGACAUGGAGCCAGAGAGAAAAAGGAGGAAAACUGACAGUGCUGACAAGGACUAUGAUUUUGGACUGCCACAUACUUCCAGUAUUGCUGUGGUCGGCCCCAGCCCAGCUAAGGUUUUUCUUAUCGGGGAUCUGUUUGGAAAAGCUGCUGUGGCUGUGACUGUGGAAGAAGCCAAGACUGACAAGAUGGAGGAGUCCCUAACCUGUAUCAUCUGUCAGGACCUACUUCAUGACUGUGUCAGCCUGCAGCCCUGUAUGCACACCUUCUGUGCUGCGUGUUACUCUGGCUGGAUGGAGCGCUCGUCUCUCUGCCCCACCUGUCGCUGCCCCGUAGAGAGGAUCCGCAAGAACCACAUCCUCAACAACCUGGUGGAGGCCUACCUUAUCCAACACCCGGAGAAGUGUCGCAGUGAGGAGGACCUGAAGAGCAUGGACAGCCGGAACAAGAUAACUCGGGACAUGCUGCAGCCAAAGAUUGAGCGUUCCUUUUCUGAUGAAGAGGGCAGCUCUGAUUAUCUCUUUGAGCUUUCCGACAACGACAGUGACACCUCCGAUGUCGGCCAGCCUGUUGUGAUGUGCAGACAGUGUCCAGGCUACAGGAAGGAGGUCAGCCAGGUACUGUGGGCCACAGGGCUAGCCCCUCUAGGACCAGCCCCACCAGCCCUUCUAGGACCAGCCCCACCAGCACUUCUAGGACCAGCUCUUCUAGGACCAGCCCCACCAGCUCUUCUAGGAACAGUCCUACCAGCACCUCUAGGACCAGUCCCUCUAGGACCAGCCCCACCAGCACUUCUAGGACCAGCUCUUCUAGGACCAGCUCCACCAGCUCCAGCUCCACCAGCUCUUCUAGGACCAGCUCCACCAGCUCUUCUAGGACCAGCUCCACCAGCUCUUCUAGGACCAGCUCCACCAGCUCUUCUAGGACCAGCCCCACCAGCUCUUCUAGGACCAGCCCCUCUAGGACCAGGGGAAUUAUCAACGUGCUCUGAUGUCCCCACUACAGCUCCUCAGGAUUACACCUGUCCUCCUCUGGGCAGCCAUGUCAUCUGCACCUGCUGCCUGCAACCCAUGCCAGACCGCCGCGCAGAGCUCAUUGGCCAGCAACUCUCCGCUCAGCAAUGUGUGGCGUGCCUGCGGCCCUUCUGUCACAUGUACUGGGGCUGCCAGAGGAUCGGCUGUCAGGGCUGCCUCGCACGUUUCAGUGAACUCAACCUUACAGACAAAUGCCUGGACGGUGUUCUGAACAGCAAUAACUAUGAAUCAGAGAUCCUCCAGAGUUACUUGUCAGCCAGAGGAAUGUCGUGGAGGGACAUGCUACAGGAGGGUCUUCAGGGCCUGCAACAGGGAACCUUCUAUCUGUCUGAUUAUCGCAUCAACAGUAACGCCAUACUCUGUUUCUGCUGUGGCCUGCGAGCCUUCGGGGAGCUGGCCUACAAAUACAGACAGAACAUCCCUGCCUCGGCGCUUCCUGCUGUUGUGACGUCUCGGCCAGACUGUUAUUGGGGACGCAACUGCCGUACUCAAGUCAAGGCACACCAUGCCACGAAAUUCAACCACAUAUGUGAGCAGACCCGUUUCAAGAGCUGAAGAGCCUCGUAGGUGACCUGCUAUGCAAGGCUCUCCUGCGAACACUGGAGCGUACACAGACUUCCAAGGAUCUCCUGUAUUACUCUCAUAUGUACAGUGAUCAUUUUACUCCCUUAUUAAGCAGCACCUUGCCGUGAGGAAAGGUAUCUCUUAGGUAAUAUAACUUGUAGUUCUCUCACAGGCUUUAUAGGCUUAAGUAUUUGAUGAUAUGCUGAAAUUACAAGCACUCUCUUUUUGCUGGGUCAUGAUUAGCCAGCCUAGUGUUAUAGGUAUAGUAGGGGUGAGUGGGAUAAUGCUAUGCACUCCACACAGUAAGAGAGGAUUCCCCUAUAUAAUGAUGACAUACUUAUAUCUUAUGUGGAAUAUGAUCAUCUUCGCCCUUCAUUCCAGUAUCAUGUCCUUUUGGGUGAGGGAUAUAUAAAAAAAAUCUACUGAAGACCGUUGGCAAUCAAAAUGGACUUUGGCCAUACAUGUGCUGUUACACAGGAUGCAAUGCCAUCUUUUGUGACAGUUUAAGGAUCAUAUUGAUAUUAGUAAGAUGUUGAUACUUUUCCUAUUUCCGUGUUUUCCUUUCUCUUAACUUGUGGUCUAGUACUUUAGAUAUCUUGGAGAAUUAUGUAUUUGAAUUAGAAUCUAGAGCUUCCUACUCAACUGCUUACUGUGGUGUUCUAAACAUCUAAGUAGUAUUCGUAUGUUGGUUAUAGAAACUUCCCCCCAAACAAACUAGAUUGAAGCACAGCUAUGUUAUCAAAAGACUUAUCCAUAUACAGACUUUGAGGUUUCUUGUGGUUCAUAUAUAUGGAUGACAGAUUCAGUGGCACCAUUUUGAAUUCAGACUGUUGCUGCUUCUGCAUAUUAAUAAGACUGCUAACUGAGAAGACAAGUGCUAUGGAAAGGGAGUUGUUCUUAGUUUUGGGAAAAGGGGGAAUUCUGCUAGUUUGAUGUGGAUUUCCCAACAAGGGCAAAACGUCCUGUCAAAGCUGAGAAUAACAUGGUUCAACUAGAAUCAAUGGGAAAGUUAGUUAGGAUUUCAGUUCUUCUGCUAGGGAUAAGGGUUAUAUGUGGAAAUGUAGUUUUAUCUGAGGCUGGGAAAGGCAGGGGUAUUCAGUUAUAUGCUUUGCUCAGGGUAAUCAACAUAAAGCUGAUUUUAAAAUGGUGCAUUAGAGAAGCUUUCUCAGACCUAAACUAGUACUAACAGCCAAUGCAGUUUUUUUGUUAGAAUGCACAAUGGUUUGCUAAAGUUUAGGGAGUGAAAUUGUUCCUCCUUGUUACAUUAUAUUAAGUUAGUGGUGUUGGCUAAAUAUAUUAAUUAAGCAAGCAACUUGAUCAUACGGGUUCGAACCAGGUAGCCUAGUAGCCUAGUGGUCAGAGUGUUGGGCCAGUAACCGAAAGGUUGCUGGAUUGAAUCCCUGAGCUGACAAGGUAAACAUCUGUCAUCCUGCCCCUGAACAAGACAGUUAACUCACUGUUCCCGGUAGGCUGUCAUUGUAAAUAAUAAUUUUUCUUAACUGACUUGCCUAUUUAAAUAUAAGUUACAUUAAAAAAAAGAAUAAUAAUGAAACAUUAAGGAUUGCCAUUCUGUUAAAUUAAGGACAUGUUUUCAAUAUAUAGGAAGUGUUACCUUGGAGCAUGUUGGGUAGAUCUUAUAAUAGUUUUGUUUAUCAAAUACCAUGGUAUGGUCAAACCUCAUCAGUUAAACUUUAAUUGGUGCAAUUUCCCAUAAUAACUGAGGAAAUAACACUGCUGUUUGGUCAGGCAUUUUUAUCUGGCAGUGAAAGUACCUGUACCAAGUUAGAUUUGAAGAAAACAACAUUUUGUCAUUUCUAACAAUGGAGACUGAAAGUGGGCUCUAUUGCUCUUAGAAAAGAGACUAGAGGUGUAAAAGUGUCACGCUGCCAGCCACGUUGCUGCAUUCUUGCUGUAGAAGAACUGCUAGGGUGAUCUAAAAACUCCAGGAUUAUAUUAUGAGACCAUUAGGUUGCAUUCACACAUGCAGCCCAAUUCUGAUAUUUUUUCACUCAUUUGUCUUUUUGACUAAUCAGAUCAUCCCCAUUUGCCAAUAAAUGGGCAAAAUAUCUGAAUUAUGCUGCCUGUGUAAAUGCAGCUUAGUUGUGAGUAAUCCUGCCUGUCUAAUUCAGUGUUGCAGUUACACAGUACUCAGAGAUACAGGUGUGUCACUUUUAUAGAUCAACCCGAGACAACUGGCUGUGUCUUACUUCCGUGUUUUGUCUCAUUAGAAGACUACUAUCAACAACCAGAUGUCCAUAAUGUUGUGUAGAACCACAACAGUAGACACUUGUCUCUUACUGUUUAGAGACAUCGGUCACAUUCUCUGUAAAUUACUGACAAGUCAUUAUGGAAGUCAAAUCGGCCCAAUGACUGCAGACCUUUAGUCUAGAUAGAAUGGCCUGAUAUACUAAUGUUAUUCAUGAGGCCUUAUAUAUUGAAAAGUAGGAAAAAGAUAACUAAGUUGUUAGUAGUGAAGUAGAGUGGAGAAAAUAUGUUUUGUAUGCAAGUCAAUAGAUUCUGUUGCAGUAAAAAAAAAUACUUUGACAGAAAUGCAAUGAGAUUAUUCACUUUGUCAUUAGUCAUUUUAAAUGUAUAGUUUAAUUUUAAAUCAUCCGUCUUUAAUUUUGUAAAUUGUGACAUUAAAUUGACAAUGAUUUAAGAGGAAAAAGUAGUUUGCUCAAACUGUUAGUGUUUACAAGCAAGUCUAGCUUUGAGUUUUUUUAUUUAUAUAAUUCAGCUCACACACAUUGAAUGUAUGAAUCACUAAUUUGAAGACUUAACCAAGAUUAUAAUUAGGUUGGGAUUCAAACAAACACAGAUAACGACCUGUUCACAGCUAUAGACUUUUGAAGGCAACUUCCCAAACGUUCAUGGAGAUCAUGUAAGGCCACGGAUGUCGGCUCAAGCAGAAAUGACCUUUAAAAGUGCAUCGGAGCACACUGGUACUUUAUCUGCGUUUGUUUGAAUCCUGGCACCAAGCUGAACUGUAAUAAGCACUGCAGAAAUGGUGCAGGUUCAACUCUGUCCUGUAACUUCAAUGGAUAUUAAAACAUCCAUUUAGAAAUAUCCUUGUGCAAUCAAUGUGUGUGGAACUCAGGAUUGGAGCUGAAAUUCUACUUAUGUCGCAAUAUACCCUCAUUGGGACUGUUUAGUGGCAAUAUUCACACGCUCAGACCGACACUUCUGGGCUGGUAAUAAAGGGGGCAAAUAUGGGCACGCUUUCUGCCAGAGCUCGUGUCUUUAUUUGGGAUCUUACGGGCUGGAUUCAAUCCGUAUCGUGGUAGAUCCACGUAAAGAUCACUUCCAAUUGAGCUGACAUCUGCAGCGUGUACAGUGAAUGCAGUCUCCGCGACCGGAUCUUCAGCGCUACGGAUUUAAUAGAGCCCAAAGUCGCGGUUUCCCUGUUGUGGGUUCACACUGUGGCAUUCCUCAGAGGCUCAGGCAAUAGCUCAGCACAAGCCAGCCAGCCAGCCUAUCCCUCCCUGCAGCAGUGCUGAACCUUAAUUAUAACAGGAGGAUCUGGGCACCCUAAGCCAACAACAGUGCAAGCCACCGAUCAGGAAUGGGUGUUAAAGGAGGCUUUGGAGGGUGCUUUGCAUUCUUAGAGGGAAACGCUGUAUUCUAGGGAAAAUAUUUACUCUGUGAGAAAGUCUGGACCAAGAUGCCCUGUACUAACUGUAUGGCCAGUCACUAAAGGCUUUGCCGGGGCAAGUUGAAUUCUACCUCAUCAGAGCUCCCGAGACAUUCUGAACAAUCCGGUCUGUACUUUUAUGUUUUGUGGAUUCUAGUAAGUGGAGGACUGACUGGACGGCAUUUAGAGUAGCGCUGUUACGUUUUAAUGCAGGGGAACACAACUGGUCCUCGGUUGAAAACGGCUGCUGUUUUUUUUUUUUUUUUGCCUUUGUCAAUCGGCGACCAAUUUAAAGCUGGGAGUUCAACCAGGUGUAUGCACUGCACUCUGAUCAAUUAGUUAAUCAACUUAAUAAAGUGGUAUUGAUUUAUCAAUAUAUAGCCAGGUAUAACUGAAAACCAAUGGGACUGUGAUUCUUAAGGACUGGAGUUGUGAUUCCUAGUUGAAUGCCUUUGUGAGCUUUUUGUGCCCCCGGUAUUAGCAAUGCUAAAAUACGUCUUAUGUAUAUGGCUCUAACAUGUCUGUUCUAGUGCACUAAUAACGUUUUGCUAAAUGUGUUCCCUCAUUGUGUUUAAGAUGCAUGACUUGCUACUGACCACUUUCAAUGGACAUCAAAUGAUCAAAAACUGAAGCAGCAAUUUAUGUAAACCUUUAUUAAAAGUUCUUUGCACAAAUUCCCACCAACCCUAUUUAUUUUCUGUUGCUAUGUUUUUCUAUAGCUAGUCAUAUGCUUACUUCUAUUGAAGGGUUAGUUACUGCAUUUGUCAUUUUUCUUUUUACAAUGAUCAAUUCCCUUUUAGAAUUCAAUAUCAGCCUUAGGAAUACAUUUGGAUACAUUGUUGCAGCUUUGAGUUAAUAUACUGCAUGUGAGCUACAUCAGUUUAACACUGGAGGGCAUAGAGUAGUAGUGUAAGCAUAAACCAUCUCCAUGGAACUACUAUCAUCCACUGCGCCAAGGUUAAGGUUGUUGGACAAAAGGUAAACAUACACACAAGCAUGGGGGCGCUAUUGCGUUGGAAGUGCUUAUGUUUAAGAUUUUUAUAAUUUCAUUUUUUUUAAAGAAUCAAAUGAAUUAAAUUCCCAGUGCAGCUGUUUUUAUCUCAAUCAAAACAUUUCUGAGUAACAAUUAAGUAACUUACUGUAAUAGAUUCCAUUGAAAUGGGCAAAAACAAAGCUUUUUAGCAAAAAAUGUAUUCUCAGGCAAGAAUUUAGCUAGGACUGUAUGGGAGUAGUUUGCGUGGGGAGGGGAAAACUGAAAACUAGCUGUUAUUGGCAGAAAGGUUUGAAACUCCGUUAUUGGUCUUUUAACCAAAAUAUGUCAAGGGAUGUCACAAUGGAAAGCCGCAACUCCCGCCCAUGCAAACCUGCUAAUUAGAAAGUCCUGUCCAGAUAGUUUUUUCAACAAUCAGUUAUUAGCUCCCGAGUGGCACAGCGGUCUAAGGCACUGCAUCUCAGGCAUCACUACAGACCCUGGUUCGAUUCCAGGCUGUAUCACAAACGGCCGUGAUUGGGAGUC